GCCAUCUGAGCUUCGCGAUCCCCUCGUCGGCUCUUUACGAAGGAGGCAAGUGGCAGCAGGCGCUCGAGGUCUUUGAUGCAGCUCACCGCGUUUGGCGAGGUGAUGCACAGCACUGCGUGGUGGCGUGGCUAAGUUUGGUGGACAAUUGUAAAGAGUCUCAACAAGCACCCCUUCUGCAGCAUUGCCUCCAAACCGGGCUGCGAAUGCUUGAGAGUCUGUCGACGAUGUGGCCACAGACCAUGGAGACAAAGCAACAGGCAGUGCUGACGAGCUUGCGGCUUGAUUCGCUUCGAGGUUAUCGUUUCACUCACAGCUCUUGCUUGCCUGGCCGUCGGAUUCUGUCUCCAGCUCUUCGCGUGCUGCAGGGGAGCAACAUGCACUGCAAGGAGUUUUUGCGAUCCGACACGCCCCCGGCUCUUGGAAGCCAUGCAGUGCGGGAGCUGGCCUCAUGCAAGGGCAUCCGUGGAGACGGCGCGCAUGGCCUACGACAGAGGUUGCACCAUCAGGUGGGAGCAUCCUGUUGGGUGGACGCUGUCUCCCUGGCAGAGAUGAUACAUGUCCGGAAGGUAUGGACGCAGGAUGUCCUCGCAGCUGUUUCAUAUCGCAUCAAAGGCUCGGGGGCAGCGCUUUGCUGCAUCAUCGAGUUAGUUCCUAGUGCUGAGCGGACAAAAAGGGCCAGCGAAGCCAAAGGGGGGCCGCCAAGUCCACCGAAAGUCGCAUUGCUUCCUCCAGAGCGGUGCCGCGCACGGCCUUGGACACGACAGGUGCCCAAGACAAGUGUGGCAGCCAUGGACGGGGACCAGCUAACAGCGAUGAACAUGGAGUGGAAGGUGCUCAAGGAGCGGUUCUUCGCAGGGGAGCCCGUGGACCCCGUCUUUGAAGGAAUCGUGAAGGACUUCGUCUCCUUCGACUUGACCCUCCAGGACAUCUUCAAGAAGGUCGAAACCUUCAUGAGAGGCAUAGACAGUCUGGCAGAGGGCCUUGUGGUCCUCGCGGAGAGUGUUACCACAGGCCUGGCUUCCGUGGACGAUUCGCUCAUCAAAGCUGACUGCUGCAAGAUGAAAGAGGCCACAAAUGCCAUCACACGUGCAGAUGCUCCUCACAGCGCUUUGGCGAAGCUUCGAAGAGACAUGGACUUCAACAUAAUGAACCCCUUGCGGUGUCAUGUCGUCAACAACCGCAACAUGAAGACCUACUUGGACAAGCGAAGGCGCCGGCUGCUGGAGUACAACAUCGCAAAGCGCGAGAUGGAUGACUGUGUCAAGAAGAACUUGCACCAAACCGACCGUCGAUACCUCGCGGCGCAGUCGCAGCUUGAAUCGACCAAGUUGGCCUUCCACGAGGUGGACAGGCACAUUUUCGAGUGGCUUUACAUCAUGGAGGAGUACAAGGGAGACAUUCUGGACUCCUGCCUCCAGACCUUGAAGUACUUGCAGUACGAGUUCUUCGCUACAUCAGCUCACUCCAUCUCAGGUGUUCUUCCUGCGCGAAUGGAGUUUCGACCGAUGGUCGAGAUGACUCCAGAGCAUCUGGAAGCGCAGGUAGAGAUGGCCAUUCAAGAGGCCGAAGAAAAUCCCGAGGAGGAUGUCGUGACAGACUUCUCUGCGCGCCUGAUAGAGAAGUUGGCCAAGGAUUUCCGAUUGCAAUUCUCUGCAGCCAGUCGCGUCACAUGUUCCUCGGGCACGCGACAGGAUAACAAGAACAAGCCUGCCGAAGGUUUGGACUCGUGUGCAGAUGCCGGGAUCCCAAGUGGACAGGCUCCGGAGGCCCAAGAGAGUCUAGAAGCGCCUCCACAGACCUUCGGGCCGUUGCUUCGACCGAGGACGGACCCUCGGUGCCAGUUGACCCGCUGA